AUGAACAAUUUAUUAUCAUUAUUACCAUUUUCUCCUUUAUCCUCCUUAGUAUUAGGAAAACUAGAAACAUUACAAAUUUUUUUACAAUUAAUAUACUACUUGUUAUUUUUCUUGGCCCUCAAAACAAUUUACAAUUUCGUUUACAAUUAUUCAUUUACGCCUUUAUGCAAAAUACCUGGACCAAAAUUUGCCAAAAUUUCCAACUUGCCAAUUAUUUUGAGAAGACCGCAUGGCAAGGUUUAUAAAUGGUUUUGGGAAUUACAUCAAGAGUACGGGGGUGCUGUUAGAGUCGCGCCAAAUCAUGUUUUGUUUUCUAGCAAAGAAGCUAUUAGACAAAUCCUUGUCGUCGAUAGACGUUCAUUAUCACCAGCAUUUGGCAUUAGAUACAUAUCAACACUCGAGCCAUUAAUGAACUCUUGCACAAAAUCAUUAGUAAAAAAAAUCAAUUCAAUAAUUAAAACAACUACCAAUGAAAAUUCCAACGCUACAAAUUCUAUAAUUAAUAUUUAUGGAUUAAUACAAGCCUGUACUUUGGAUAUUAUCGGGGAAGUAGCAUUUGGUGAAUCGUUUCAUUUGGUUGAGAAAGGUAUGCAUCCACUACCGAUGAAAAUAUAUUUAGAAUUAAAAAGACGUGUAAUGUGCCACACUUUUCCUUACAUGAGACCAUUUUUUAAAAAAGAUCCUUGGACUUAUGAGUUUAUUUCAAAUAUCAUCAAAGAAAGAAAAGAAUUGAAUGCCAAGGGUGGAAAACGUGAUGACUUAUUACAAAUUUUGAUCGACACGCGUGACAACGAAACAGGAAAUCCAUUGUCAGAACUUGAAAUACAAGAUCAAACCAUGGAAUUCUUAAUAGGUGGUAGUGAUACUAGUGGUUAUACAGCAAACAUGGCACUCAUAGUAUUAUUAAACCAUCCUGAGAAAUUAAGAAAAUUGGUUUCGGAACUUGAUUCAAUCUACCCGUCGGAAGAAAAUGACGAUGAUGGCGAAGGCAGAAAACAACAAUCAAAACCAAAUGGCUUAUUGAUAACUCCAACGCAUGAUUCUUUAAAAAACCUCAUAUAUCUUAAUUCAGUGUUGAAUGAGAUAUUGAGAUUGUUUCCUGUCGCGUUAGCUGGUAUUAUGAGACAAACACGUCAAGAUACUAUAAUUGAUGGAUAUUUAAUACCCAAAGAUACAAUAGUCAGUGCUUCGAUAUAUCAAGUACAUAGAGCGAAAGACAUAUGGGGUGUUGAUGCUGACGAUUUUGUACCUGAAAGAUGGAUCUUUAGUGGAGUUGAUAAUAAUAAAAAUGGUUAUAUUUUAGAAUCCGAGUUUGGAAUUAAACCAAAGACAACAAUUUCUGAUUCAAAAAAAUCCGAUUUUGCAUCAUCAUUUCAAAAAGGAUUUUAUCCAUUUUCAGCAGGAACAAGAAAUUGCAUAGGACAAACAUUUGCUUGGAUGGAAUUAAGGUUAAUUUUGGCAAGUUUAUUACUAAAUUUCGAAUUUGAAUUAAUCCCAAAUCAGGAUUUAGAUAUAAGUCACUUUAUUACACCUUCUUUAACCACCAAAAAAUACGAAGUUGGUGUAAAAUUACGAAAUAGAAUUAGGAGGUAG